AUGGAUCACGAUACGGCCAUGACCUGGUCGGAACAGCUGCCAGAGGAGACAUUAAUGGCAACUGGGAACGAGGAUGACUUUUCCAACUUCCUUGAGUUCGGAAUCGAUUUCGCCGACUUGGACGGCCAUAAUGCCGCGGCCGCUGUCCAGCACCAGCACCAGCAAGCAAUGCAGCAUGCCAAUCAACAUAUCGCGACCACCUUAGCUGACGAUGUUCGUAUGGCUUCGACGUCCCAAGCACCCCCAUACGCAUCCAUGAUGGGCGAGCAUAUAGGACUCGGCAUCCCGAACAAUCGUCCCGUUGAGGACUCUUCUUUCCAUUUCUCUCAGGAGCAGCAGCAACAGCAAUACCACCAGCAGCUCUCCCAACAACAACAUCAGCACCAAGAAAAGCUUGUCCAUCAGCAUCAGCAACGCCAACAAAUCCCCCAUCCGCAUCCGCAAAUGGCUUCGCAUCCUUACCGGGAGGGGCAGCCCAUCAUCCCUCCAACGCCAAGUAGUGUUGAACUUCACGGUGGCGCAGCUCGUUACAUGCAGCGUGUUGACCAGAAUAAUAAUGAUAUGUACGAACGCUACGGGCAAAUGAGCGAUGAGCAGGCCGCCGCUUUCUACACCCCUCUCGUGUCACCAGCCAUGACACCAUUGGAGAGCCAAUUCCGUUUACCAGAAUACACCAUACCCGGCGAAUACUUCACUCCUCUUACAUCGCCUGCAUUGGAAGCUCAGAAUCACAGCUCGAAUAACUAUCCCUUUCAAACAACUCAACCACAUCAAAAUGUAGGAUAUGUUACGUCACCGCUCGAUCCGAAUGGGCUUACAAUGACAUCUGCUCCUCCAUCGCCUGCAGUGUUCAAAAAGCAGCGACAGGGACGCAGGCCAUCUACUGCGACCCGGGCUGGCGGUCGCGCUGCGAAAGCAUCGCCGUCGAUCCAAGCGAAGAAUUGGAAGAGGCAAAGCAGAAACUCUCAACUGCUUUCGGACGAUCUCGUCAACAACAGUAACAACGUCAAUGUGCAUGAACAAAACUCCAAUAGAUUUGCCAACAACGGCCUCAGUUCACUACGUUAUAGCAGCAAUGAAAGCUCUCAGGACUCUGUCUCACCUGAACCUAUCUCUGAACCGCUAAUGCCACCACCCGCAUUGCCGCACAAGUCUCCAGCAAUCCUGCCACAAGUUUCAGAGCCCGGUUCAAGCGCCCCCGCAACCCCGGCAACAUUGAUGAGAAUCACCAACCGACCUCAGCACUCGCAGGACCCAUCCGGACAAUUUUCAGGGCAAGCGAGUUUGGUUACGAGUGAGUCGCAAGACGAGCCAAUGGAAGAUAUGGUAUUACCCGAGGCAGCGGCCGACAUUCGACCCCGAACCAGUCGCAUCAACACUGCUAUUGUUAAAGAACCGUUAAAUAGUAAAUCCGCUACGAAUACUCCAUUGAUGAGGCCACUAUCUCGUCAGCCUUCCGGCUCGCUAACACCGGGACCACACUCGAGUACUAUGCCAUCACCUAGCGGGCCAGUGCCUAAAAAGUCCGAUUCAAAGGCUUCAGCAACUCGUAAGAGGCAGAGCAUCAGCUCCUCGCACGCCAGUCCAGCUCUUCGGCCUAGGAUAAGUCCUAGCAUUCAGCCUCUUGUACGGGGUGAUGGCAUGACAAGUGAAUCAUCAGCAUUAUAUCUUGCAUCUAAAUCGAAUUAUCAGCAUAUUUUAGACGGCACGGUUCUUCCGGGAGUGUCAUAUCCAGAAACCCUUGCCGAGAAUCUGAGCAGCAAACGGACGAACCAUAAACUAGCAGAACAAGGACGUCGAAAUCGUAUCAACACUGCGCUGAAAGAAAUCGAAGCACUCCUUCCGCCAGACUUUGCACAAGAACGCGCAAUCAAAGAAGGCAAGGAAGCAAACGGUGUAGCCAAGAAUAGCGAUGUCAAGGACACCAAAGACACCAAGGAGAAGAGUACACCGCCCACAAUCAGCAAAGCUAGUACCGUCGAAAUGGCCAUUGAUUAUAUCAAAGCGCUCAAGAAGGAGUUGGAAGAGACCAAGGCACAGUUACACGCUGCCGAAAGCAAACUGUCCGGUGGUCCCGUGAAGCCUGAUGGUGCCGUUGCUGCUGUUGAUGAGAACCCAUCUGAUCAUCUGCCCAAAACUGAAACCCCCCCAACUAAUUGA